AUGGAAUCUGAGGAGCCAGAAUCGGAUCUCAAAAGCCAGAAUCUGAUCAGCCAGAAUCCGAGGAAUGCGAUGUGCAACAAAAAGACGAAUUAUAGUGGUCAGGAAUCAGUGGACAGAAUGCGACGUGCAACAAUUGGACAAACUAUAGCCGUCAUCGUCUGUGGAGACAGAAUCCGCGGAAUGCGACAUGCAACAAAAAGACAAGUUAUCUACUCGUCAGAAUCUGCGGGGACAGAAUCUGCUGGAUGCGAUGUGUAACAAGACAACAAUUUGUAGUGGUCAGAUCUGAGGAGACAGAAUCUGCUGAAUGCGAUGUGCAACAAAAGAAUAUACUACAGCCGUCCUCGUCCGCGGAGACAGAUUCCAGAGAAUCCGAGCUAGAAUGCGAUAUGCAACAACCGGACAAGUUAUAUACUUGUUAG